AUGACUUGUUUUUGCUUCAAAUGGGAACUUUCCUUGGGGACAACUUCAGUGAAUGAGCUGUCAUAUUUUACCACUAGCAAUCAUAGCAAGUGCUUUAGCUUCUAUAACUUUGUAAAUAACCCUUGGCUUCAGUCGAUGACUUCAAAAUUGGUUUUAUCGCAACGUAUUUAUUAUUUCACUUGUGUAAAUGUUGUUCGAUAUGAUGGAAUGCUCCCCAAGACAGAAGCAAAUCGUCAUCAAUUCUCAUAG